AUGGAAAAUAUGGAUGAUGUGCUUCGAGUGCAUCGAGCUGAAUUCGAGUAUCCACCUUGGGAGAAAUUUCUUGAAAAAAAGUAUUUGCUACCAGUUGUCUGCUAUUUCCUUGUUUGGCGAUUGCUGGCGCGUUUUGUUUCUACUUAUUUAUGGAAAGAUUAUCAAGGGUUUCGUCAAUAUCGAUUACGCAAUUUGUCGAUAUGUUUCUUGCAUUCGCUUUUCACUGGCAGUGCGGCGUUGAUUUUCUCAUUUGUGAACAUAAAGAUAAUGCUUGAGGAUCCAUUACAUUGGUGGGAUGACUCGUGCGCGCAUAUCUUUUUCCUCAGCAUCGGCUAUUUUGUGCACGAUGCUUUGGAUAUGCUUUCUCAUGAGUGGUCGAAAUGGAUGCUCGAGCUGCUUUUCCAUCAUUUCAUGACCAUUUUCGUCUUCUCUGUUCAGCUAAGCACUCAAAAAUUUCAACCUUAUGCUUUUUGGGCAUUGCUUAUGGAAGUGAGUAGCGUCUUCUUGCACUCGCGUUCCCUUUUACAACUCUCCGGCGCCAGUGAGCGAAAUCCGCGUCUCUUUCGUGGCUUCUUAUGGAUGAAUCUUUUUGCGUUUAUCGCUUUUCGAUUUUGUGUCCAAACCUGGCAAAUCUGGUGGGUGGUGACGAAUCACAAGCGGAUCGCUUCUUUCUAUUUUGGUGUCGGGUUUUUCGGUGGAUUCAUUUUUUUAACGAUCAAUUGUUUUCUUUUCUAUCGAGUUUUAUGUUCGGAUGGGUUUUUGGGUGAGAAACGGCGGAAUGCUUUAUCAAACAGAGACAAACAAACUUUCGUAAAAGCUCUCGACAAUUCGGAUAAGAGUCUU